AUGGGCAACUUUUCUCGGCAAUGGCAAUACACUAAUGGAGGUGAGAGAGCCUUCGUUAUAUUGGGAGAUGGAAAGCUUCACCUGGCAGGAGGAGGAGUUACAGCCCCAGAUUCUGUCCUUCAGCGAACCAACCCUGCACCAGCAAAUCCACCGCGUCUCCGGUCACCACUUGUGGUUGAACUAGAGGUCGGAAACUGUGGCCCAAAAGCAUUGAUGCUCCAGCUUGACAUGUAUCUCCAGCAGCCGCACAGCAUGUAUGUUCUUGGUAUCAAGAUUUACAAGAAGCAGCCCCUUCUGGCUGGCAACCCCUUCCCUGCUGUUGCCAUUUUGUGGCGGAAAGCUCAGAUUGCGGGACAUAAUCAUACUGUAGAGGGAGUUUGGAACUUUGGGAGUGCGGAUUUGAAUUCACGUUUUGUUCAAGCCUUUUGCACAGCACCUGCAAGUGCAAAUCUUGAUGCACCUGCGGAUACUGCUUUUCAACACAAUCCUGCAAGCAACCCUGCAAACAACAAUGUCAUUACAGUGGACGCUACGUUCCUUGUGCAGGGAGUCCAUUAUCCCACCGGGGUUGCAGUUCAGGCUGGACCUGAUCUGACUAUUGAUCUUGCCAAUGUAUUCUAUGCAGCCAAUAGAGCAGAUUAG